AUGACAAAAAAUAUUUUGAUUUUAGCUGGCGAUUUUGUAGAAGAUUACGAAAUCAUGGUUCCAUUCUAAUCUCUUCUUUUAUUAGGUUUUUAGGUCCACGUUGUUUGCCCUGAUAAAAAGUCUGGAGAUAAAGUAAAAACUGCAAUCCACGACUUUGAAGGAGAUUAAACUUAUACUGAAAAGCCAGGACAUAAUUUCGCCUUAAAUUACACUUUUGAUGAAGUAAAACCUGAAAAUUACCAUGGAUUAGUUUUACCUGGUGGAAGAGCUCCUGAAUAUUUAAGAUUAAAUUAAAAAGUUCUUCAAAUCACCUAGCAUUUUGUUGAUACCAAAAAACCAAUCUUAUCUAUAUGUCAUGGUAUUUAAAUUUUAACAGCUCUUAAAGGUUCUUUAACUGGCCACAAUGUAACUGCAUACUAUGCUUGCCAAACUGAAGUUGAACUUGCAGGAGGUAAAUAUUAAAAUGUUGCUGCAGAUUAGGCUGUUACUGAUCACAACAUUGUUUCUACACCUGCUUGGCCUGGACACCAAGAAUCAAUCAAGGCUUUUGCUGCUUUACUUGGUGUAAAAAUUACUCAUAGUUGA